CAGGGGGUCAUAUUGAGUGUCUAGCAUCCAAUCACGUAUUUGCGAUGGCUUUUGGCCCGACCAAAGAGUCAUGCUAGCUGAACUCACGGGCAAGCGCUUGCCUGCGGAUGGACGGAAUUCGAAGGAUGCCGCCGCCAAUGACAAGUUUGCUGCAAUGAGUAGAGACUUGUACUUGGCUGAGCAUAAAGCUCGAGAAGAGAUCAAGAUCAGAAAUGACUCGAUUAGACAAAAGAAGGCACGGAUUUCUCGGCCAGUAUCGGUGUCCUUUCUCUCGGCUCUUGACGCCUUUGCCAAGCGACAUGGUGGCAUCCUGACUCAAGAUAAUCAUCUGCACGAAAUGGCCUGGGUCCGUGACGAGAAGAUCCGAGAGCAGCAGCUGCUAGACUUGGCUGUGCAGGCCAGGCAGACCCGAGCUGCACUUGCAGCUGCGCCAGCUAGAGAUGGAGAGAGUGUUGAAGAUGCAGAAGACAGACGACAGCGCAUGAAGGUGUUGAAAGAAAGGGAGCGCCAGAUAGAGCGAGAUCACCGUUUGGAGCUAGGCAAGAGGAACAUGCGCAGGAAGGAGGAAGAUCGAGAUAUUUCAGAGCGCAUUGCUCUUGGCCAGGUAGCGCAACCCAGAAGCUCAGAGGUCAUGUUUGAUCAGCGACUCUUCAACCAAUCUGCGGGCAUGGACAGUUGCCUUUCCAGUGCUGUCUAUGACACGCCGCUUUUCGCAGAUCGAAGGCUGGCAAACGUCUAUGGUGGUCCCAGGGUCACGACAAGAAGUGCACCUUUGGAGUUUGAAACCGAUGAUGAGGAACUGUGACAAGAUGAAGGUCCAAAUCCGUGAUGCAGCAGCUGCUCGUGCAAAAUAUUCAAGUCUUGAAUGGAGCCAGGAGAAAAUUCAACACCCAGAGGUUCUGUGCAGCUUGGACUUGGCGGAUGCUGAUCGUCUCCACUCCGAAAAUGCAUUUUCCUUGUCGUUUGUCUUAGAAUUCUUGUCGCGAAGAGGGCGACCUCGACUCUCGACCAUUGCAGCCUUUUGGCCCAAAGAACCGCCAAGCUGACAAAAUUAC